CCCUUCAUGGAUGUCUCAGCGGGGCAGCAGUGCCCGACUCUCUGCGGGCCAGCGGAGGCCGAGGCCAUCAGGGACCACCUCGCCGCCCUCCUUGCCCACCUAGGGGCCGCCGAGGCCAACGCCACCGGCCCCGUGUCCUCCAGCGAAGUUGUCCCCAGAGGCUGGAACCUCUGCACCAUCGUCGGGGUGCUGCUGGGCUACCCGGCGGCGUACGCCUUCUCCAUGGAGGAGGGCGCCGAGAACUGCCUGGCGCUGACACCGCUGAGGGUGUUCACGGUCCAGGCCUCCUGCCCCAGGAUAAGGGACGGUCUCAGGGUCCAGAUCUACUCCUUCAGCAUCCCGGAGAGCCUCUGUGCAGAGCUGAAGGAGGUGCUGGAUGCCUGGUGUGAUGAGCUGAAGGAGGCCUUCAGUGUGCAGAAUGACUUUGUAGAUCUCUGCAUUUUGAGCGAGGUGGUGUCUCUUCCAGCAGUUGCCUUGUAA